AUGCCCAACGUCUCCACGGUUAGGGAAUUCCUCCUGCUGGGAUUCUCAGACAUCCAGGAGCUGCAACUCGUCCACGCCGCACUGUUUCUCCUAGUCUACCUGGCAGCCCUGAUAGGGAAUCUCCUCAUCAUCACCGUCACAGUCCUUGACCGGCGCCUCCAUACCCCUAUGUAUUUCUUCCUCAGGAACCUCUCUGUUGUCGACCUCCUCCUCAUCACCGUCAUCGUCCCAAACUCAGUCCUCAACACCUUGACCAAUCACAACUCCAUCUCCUUCUUGGGCUGUGUCGCUCAGGUCUUUCUCGUGGUCCUGGUUGUCGGUUCAGAGUUUCUCAUCCUCACAGCGAUGUCCUACGACCGCUACGCCGCCAUCUGUCACCCUCUGCGCUAUGAGAUCAUCAUGACCAGCACGGCCUGUGGAAAGAUGGCAACCGCCUCCUGGCUCAGCGGGGGGCUGUUUGGGGUCUUGGAUUCUGUCUCGACUUUCUCCCUGAGCUUCUGUGGGUCCAAUAUCGUGCAACAGUUCUUCUGUGACAUACCCACUCUGCUGAAGAUCUCCUGCUCCGAGGACCACGUAGCCAUUGAUGUGAGCGUCGCCGGUGGCAUAGCUUUAGGUUUAAGCUGCUUUGUCUUUAUCAUCAUGUCCUACGUGUGCAUCUUCCAGGCUGUGCUGAGGAUGCCGGCCACCGAGGGCAGGGCCAAAGCCUUCUCCACCUGCCUGCCUCACCUCGCCGUCGUCACCAUCUUCUUCGCUACGGCCGCCAUUGCCUACCUCAAGCCCGUGCCUGACUCCUCCUCGACCCAGGACCUGCUGGUGUCCGUGUUCUACACCAUGGUGACCCCCACCCUGAACCCCGUCAUCUACAGCCUGAGGAACCGGGACAUGAAGGCCGCCCUGGGGAGAGUCCUAAAGCGGAGAUUCCUCCUCCCUCUUCUAAGGGAUAAAAUGUCUAUUUCCAUUUACUGA